UGUCGUGGAGACGAGAGAGACGUUGACUCCCCGAAAGACGAAGAUACUCCGCCUGAGUCUCCACAGCAAACGGUUUUCCUCUGUGGACUUGAACUACAUCUCUGGCAUCUCCGUUCUGUGUUUAUAAUGAACGACUGUUGGAGUGUCUGGGACUGGCAUGGCUCCGGGCUGAAGGAGAGACAAGACUUUGCGUGGACGAUGAACCGUUACACCAUGCUUAAGCAGCUAGGGGAUGGCACAUACGGCAGUGUGCUCCUGGGGAAGAGCAAUGAGACCGGGGAGCUAGUGGCAAUCAAAAGGAUGAAGAAGAAGUUUUAUUCCUGGGAUGAGUGCUUGAAUCUAAGAGAAGUGAAGUCACUGAAAAAGCUGAACCAUGCCAAUGUGGUGAAACUGAAGGAAGUGAUCAGGGAAAAUGACAACCUCUACUUUGUAUUUGAGUACAUGAGAGAAAACCUCUAUCAGCUUAUGAAAGAAAGGGAAGAUAAGAUGUUUUCUGAAAAUGAGAUAAGGAACAUUCUGUUCCAGGUUUUAUCUGGUUUAGCAUUUGUUCACAAGCACGGGUAUUUCCAUCGUGAUAUGAAACCAGAAAACUUGCUCUGCAUGGGCCCAGAGCUGGUCAAGAUAGCAGAUUUUGGACUAGCAAGAGAAAUCCGUUCGCAGCCGCCUUACACAGAUUAUGUGUCCACAAGAUGGUACAGAGCCCCAGAGGUUCUGCUUAAGUCCAACUCUUACAGCUCUCCCAUCGAUAUCUGGGCCGUGGGGUGCAUCAUGGCGGAGCUGUACACAUUAAGACCCCUGUUCCCAGGCAACAGCGAGGUGGAUGAGAUCUUCAAGAUCUGUCAGGUGCUGGGAACACUGAACAAGUCAGAUUGGCCUGAAGGCUUCAGCCUGGCUGCCUCCAUGAACUUCCGCUUCCCAAAAUGUGUCCCCACCAACUUCAGAUCUCUGAUUCCCAAUGCCAGUGAUGAGGCGAUCACACUGAUGAAAGACAUGCUGCAGUGGGACCCAGAAAAAAGACCAAGUGCUGUUCAGGCUCUGAGGUAUCCAUACUUUCAUCUUGGCCAGUCACUUGGGGCCUCUCUAAAGCACUCAGGACGACACAAACAUCAAGAAAAGGUGUCUGAGGCAGCUAUAGAAACAAAGCCCUUGUCCCUUUGUAAGACAGACCUGGACUUCUCUAAACUCAGUGAAAGCCAAGUGGAACCACAGAGCUACCGCCAGUCUCUCCAUCAGCCUCUCCAGCAGAUCCGCCUUCCUCAGGAGAACACGAGCACCCUGACAGACGGACAGCAGGAACCACUCAGCCUGGUCAAACACAGGCAGGCAGGGAGCUUACAAGCUAAAGGAGCCGCCACCGGAGCAGGACGUCGACGAUGGGUCCAGACAUCUUUUAAGUCAGUCAGCUGGGAUGACGGGGAUGAUACUGGAGUUUCUAUCUCCAAAAAACCCACAAUCACUUCUUUGAAAAACACUCAGGAUAAGCCCAGCCUUCGAUUUUCAGAGUCAAAGAACCAUGCAGGAGGAAAGCUGCGGAACAGCACAGGGCUGAACAGAGCUGAGUCCGCCACUCUGUCUGCCAAGCAGCACUACCUCCGCCAGUCCAGAUACAUACCUGGUGUAAAUCCAAAAAGCAGCUCCUCUGUGGUGGAUGAGGGAAACAGCAAAAAGCUGACGGGUAGCCGGGGCGUAAACAAAGGAGAAGGCCUUGAACUUUCUCUGGUUAAAGAUAAGCAGCUUCUGAAAGAAAAGACCCCUCUGGAUCUUGGUCUUUCCAAAGACUCUUUCAUCAGAAACACCAAGGCUUUUACGUCAACUUUUCAAAAGGCUGAGACAGGAGCAGUCAGACAGCGAAUUAUACUGGCACCCAUAGGAGGCACCUCAGCUGUGGAUCUGUCAUCAGCUGCUGAUCUAAGAAGUAACACUAGAAUGAAAACAUCCAAAAGGAAGAUUUCCUUAAACCAACUCGCACCCUCAAACGAAGAGAUUGAAGGAUGGAGUAGAUCUCAGAAUCCUGAGAUACCUGGCUCCAGCACCAGCUCUGUAAUGAAACCCACCUUCCCCGGGAAGAUAAAUAUUCAACCAGUGCAUGGACGGGUGGACUGGACUGCCAAAUAUGGAGGCAACCGGUAG